AUGUCGACGAUUAAUCGUUCACUGGCUGGCACUCCUCGUAAUGGCUCUGCUAUUGGUUCUACAAUUGAUCUGGGAGGACCUCAUGGAACAUCCUCAUUGGAACUCGAAGCGAUUGCUGCUGUACACGAGCUCUCCUAUGCUGUGCAAUCGAUGAGCGUUUCCGAGAUGUUGCCGAGAACGUCGGAUAUGAUUUUUGUCAAUCUCACUACCAUGGAAGGACAGCCAUACUGCCUGGAGCUGACGCACAAAGGUUGGCGCAUAACAUCCCUGCGAACCGACUGCAUGAUUGGCGAUUUCACCCGAAUCGAGCUUUUCACCAAAUACUACGAUUCACCAUACGAACUCAUGGAUGCAAUAUCGCCAGGAUAUCGAGAACGCUUCGGUGAAAAGCUUGCCCAACGACUGAAGAUGAUGGAGGUAGGUGCAUCGCAGUAG